UGUUGAGCAGUUUUUUACAAAUGAAUUGACUAUUUUAUUGAGCAUCUGUUCAAAUUUCUUGGCCAUUUUUUAUUGGGUUGUCUGUCAUUUUCCUAUUUAUACAAACUUAUUAUUUAUUCUGGAUAUGAGACCUUUGCAAAUUGCAAAUAUUUUGUCCCAUUUUAAGAUUCACUUUUAUAAUCAAAUAAUAUAUUUCAAUAAACUCAAAAUCUUAAUUUUAAUGUAUUACACUGUAUUUUUCUCUUUUUUGUAUUAGGGCUUUGUGUGUCCCUUUUAAGAAAUCCCUGCUUACACAAAGUUUAGAAAUAUAUUCUGCAUUUUCCUCUAGAUCAGCACUGUCCAGUAGAAUUAUAAUGGAAGCCACAACUUUGAACCACGGAUAUGAUUUUAAUUUUUAGUAGCCAUAAUAAAAAAUAAAAUAGGUAAAACUAGUAUGAAUAAUACAAAUUGUUAAUAACUUUUUUGUUAUUUUUCUUUAAGACUUCAAGUUCUAGUCAGAUUUCAAGGGCUGAUAACCACAAGUAACUAAUUAUUAUCAUAUCGGGUGACCCAUUUCUAGAAGCGUUCAUGAUGCACCAUUCAAAUUUAGCUCCAUGAUCCACGUGCAAUUGACUUUUGUGUGUGUUAUUAGGUAGCAUACCUAGCAAGGAAACUAGGUAGCUUACAGAAGCAAAUGAAGGUCUUCAGGAUCCCGAACCAAUCUGGGUCCCUUAGGAACUAACAUAGGGCAUGAUAGUACUAGGACUUUCUGAAUAUCUCUAAUUUCUGCAUAUUCUCUCUUAUUCUGUGAGGAUAUUUGCAACACGCCAGGGAACAUGGCCACCAGUUGUUCUCAGAUCACAUCUUUACAAUCUCCAACAACAGAUGAGAACAGCUGAUUCUAAUUCUGUUUAGAAAUAUCCCAGCUCAGGUAAUAUUCCAAUACUUUGCAGCCAGAGCACUGGAUUAUUUUUGGCCAGGCCUAGAUGAUAUGCCUGUAUUUAUAACCAUGGGACAGAAAUCGUUACUAGAAAACGGUAGCUACCAGUAUACAUUAUUUCUAUUUCUAUUACGAGAUGCUGUGAGGAAGCUAGGACUAUUUCUUGUGCACAAUAAGCAGUAAAUAAGUAUUUGCGAAUAGCACUAGGAUAGUCUCAUAAUUUGACUGCUAUACUUAAAAUAAGGCCUAAUACAGGAUGAAAAAUAUGUAUUCAUUUGCUUUGAACACAUUUUUAUGAUACACAAGUAUUUGAGGACCGUCCAAACUCUUAGUUUACAAGCUUAGAACUGGCAAUUUUAAGAGUUCAAGGCAAUUCAACAUUUUCUUUAUAAACUGCAUUUUCUACAGAUUUUGGGGUGCUUAGAAGAGGUACACUGGUGCCCUUAGCAGCAAUGUGCAGCUUUGCAAACAUUCUGAGUGGUGGCCUCUAUCUUACAUGAAAGUACAAUCCUUUUGGUUUUUAGUCUAACAUCAGCCAUUUUUCUUCAUAAUUAAAAAAAAAAUACUGUGAGGAGGAAAAUGUUAUUUAAUAUUGAAAGAAUAAUCGUCCUUUAUAAUUCAUUCAUUUUCCUAUCUGAGUGGGGUCUUUGGCUCAACUUAUGAGUUCAGUUAUUUAUAACAAAAUUUAAAAUUAAAGUGUGACACUGUGUUAAUUAGAGGAAGUUGCUGUUCCCUGAGAUUCCUAGUGUCCUACUUUUACCUCAUAUUUCUUCAGAGCUAAUAUGUUUCUCUUACUGGGAAAGAAAAGCUGCUCCUUAGGUCCAUUAAUCAGGAAAAUUGUGUGAGUGAAAGGAGAUGUAGGAGGAGGAAGAGAAUUGGAAAGAAAAGAAUCUCUAUUUAGCUUCCUUCUUUGGGAGUUUUAGCAAGAUUGCAUGAGGAAAAUGAUCCAUUUUUGUUUUUUGAAAGACAUAACAACUGAGAAAAAGUAUUUAUUUUGGUUUUAUAAAAACUUUAACUUGGUGUAGCUGAAACCAAUUAUAUAGAAUUUAGAUAGAUAAUUUAAAAAGGAGAAAAUGUAGCCUCAAUUAUUUGGAUGGCAAAGCAUUGAGGUGGUGUCAUUUUCUCAGGUGUCAACAUAACAGAAAAUGGUUCUGACCUUUUCCAUGCUACUUUCCUAAUGGCGAUUUCUCAUUUCUUUCUUUGAUCAUCCUCAUCAUACUUGACUCCCUUCUUUCCCUGCCAACCUCUCGCACACAGGCUUUUUGUUUGUGGUUUUUGUUCAAAGGUUCAGAAGCUUAUUUAAUGGUGCGUAUAAAGGUAGCUUCAGGGUAAUGACAACAUUCAAUUCUUCUCACUGAAUCCAAAACCACAUGUAACUAUAGCCAAAAAUGAUAUCUAGGAUUUCUUUUCUUUUCAUAUUUGUUUUUUCUUGACACUUGGUUGAGAAAGUUAGAAGGGUUUAAAAAUGUUUUGCCUUUUUGACUAUUGCAAAGUAAAUAUUUUAAUUUAGCUUACAUUUUUAAUGCAUUUUAAAUUUAUAAUAAUAACAAUAGUUUAUAUAAGGUGGAAAAAAGUCAUACAUAAUAUCAUUACUUUCUAUAACUACUAUUCUGUUUUCCUUUACAGGCUUUUGCUAUAUACAUAUUUUUAUGUAAUUGUAAUUGUGUAAUUUUGAACUUAGAAAUUUUUUUUGGUAAUUCAAAGGAACAACAUGACAAUGAAGGAUAUCUAUCUUUUACAUAGUUCAGAAAAAUCACCUAGUGCUAAUGAGAAUCAGAAAAUGACUAUUUUCUGGAGUCAUGGUGAAUUUUGUAUUAGUCACACUCAGAUGGUGAUUUAAAAUACUGGUUUGUUAUGAGUAGUAAGAAAUAAUUUUAUCUUUUAAUGUUGAGGAAGGCUUAUAGUUGUGUGUAUGUGACAGCAGUAUAAAGUGUAGAAUCUUUUUAAUUUUGUAAAUAUUGGAUUUGACUGUAUUGCCUUAUAAAAAACUCAAAAUAAAAAAAUAAAAAUAAGCAUUACACAAAUUAUGAAAUUCAAACUGUGUUGUUAUAAACAAUGUAGCUUUAGGAUACAUUCUACUCACAAAACAGUCGCAUGUAAAAUGUUUUUAUACACGCAUUAAAGAAAAAGAAACUCCUUAAAAUGAAGUAACUAUUUCCUGUUUCAUUUUGUUUGAACAGCUUUUGUUGCUCACUACGAGUUGCUUUAAAUCUCUGGGAAGGUCUGUUCCGAAUUUACUACUUCUGGAUUGGCUAAAAUCUCUUUAAAGUGUGUGCUUUGUUCUCUAAAAAGCUUAGGUCAGUUGAGCAACAAGCUCCUCCUGUUUUUUUCUUUUAAAAAAAGAGCUGAGUAAUGCUGGAGGCUUCUCAUGUGGCUGAUGCAAACCUGGAGAAUUUGCAUCAUCAUUUAGCAGUAGUAAGUUGGUGUGACAGGCAGGCGCUUAAAUACAAGCCCAUGAGGAAGCUGAGCUGGUUUGUAAUGAUAGGGCGGCAGCAGCAGCAGCAGCAGCAGUGGUGGAACGAGGAGGUGGAGAAUUGAGAGCACGAUGCAUACACAGGUGUUUCUGAGUAGUAAUUAGAUCGCUGUGAAGGAAAAAGCACACCUUUGAGUUUUCACCUGUGAACACUAUAGCGCUGAGAGAGACAGUCUGAAAGCAAAGAGGAAGACAUCGAUCAGUAACACCAAGAGACACCAAAGUUGAAAGUUUUGUUUUCUUUCCCUCUGUUUUAUUUUUCCCCCGUGUGUCCCUACUAUGGUCAGAAAGCCUGUUGUGUCCACCAUCUCCAAAGGAGGUUACCUGCAGGGAAAUGUUAACGGGAGGCUGCCUUCCCUGGGCAACAAGGAGCCACCUGGGCAGGAGAAAGUGCAGCUGAAGAGGAAAGUCACUUUACUGAGGGGAGUCUCCAUUAUCAUUGGCACCAUCAUUGGAGCAGGAAUCUUCAUCUCUCCUAAGGGCGUGCUCCAGAACACGGGCAGCGUGGGCAUGUCUCUGACCAUUUGGACGGUGUGUGGGGUCCUGUCACUAUUUGGAGCUUUGUCUUAUGCUGAAUUGGGAACAACUAUAAAGAAAUCUGGAGGUCAUUACACGUAUAUUUUGGAAGUCUUUGGUCCAUUACCAGCUUUUGUACGAGUCUGGGUGGAACUCCUCAUAAUACGCCCUGCAGCUACUGCUGUAAUAUCCCUGGCAUUUGGACGCUACAUUCUGGAACCAUUUUUUAUUCAAUGUGAAAUCCCUGAACUUGCGAUCAAGCUCAUUACAGCUGUGGGCAUAACUGUAGUGAUGGUCCUAAAUAGCAUGAGUGUCAGCUGGAGCGCCCGGAUCCAGAUUUUCUUAACCUUUUGCAAGCUCACAGCAAUUCUGAUAAUUAUAGUCCCUGGAGUUAUGCAGCUAAUUAAAGGUCAAACACAGAACUUUAAAGACGCCUUUUCAGGAAGAGAUUCAAGUAUUACGCGGUUGCCACUGGCUUUUUAUUAUGGAAUGUAUGCAUAUGCUGGCUGGUUUUACCUCAACUUUGUUACUGAAGAAGUAGAAAACCCUGAAAAAACCAUUCCCCUUGCAAUAUGUAUAUCCAUGGCCAUUGUCACCAUUGGCUAUGUGCUGACAAAUGUGGCCUACUUUACGACCAUUAAUGCUGAGGAGCUGCUGCUUUCAAAUGCAGUGGCAGUGACCUUUUCUGAGCGGCUACUGGGAAAUUUCUCAUUAGCAGUUCCGAUCUUUGUUGCCCUCUCCUGCUUUGGCUCCAUGAACGGUGGUGUGUUUGCUGUCUCCAGGUUAUUCUAUGUUGCGUCUCGAGAGGGUCACCUUCCAGAAAUCCUCUCCAUGAUUCAUGUCCGCAAGCACACUCCUCUACCAGCUGUUAUUGUUUUGCACCCUUUGACAAUGAUAAUGCUCUUCUCUGGAGACCUCGACAGUCUUUUGAAUUUCCUCAGUUUUGCCAGGUGGCUUUUUAUUGGGCUGGCAGUUGCUGGGCUGAUUUAUCUUCGAUACAAAUGCCCAGAUAUGCAUCGUCCUUUCAAGGUGCCACUGUUCAUCCCCGCUUUGUUUUCCUUCACAUGCCUCUUCAUGGUUGCCCUUUCCCUCUAUUCGGACCCAUUUAGUACAGGGAUUGGCUUCGUCAUCACUCUGACUGGAGUCCCUGCGUAUUAUCUCUUUAUUAUAUGGGACAAGAAACCCAGGUGGUUUAGAAUAAUGUCAGAGAAAAUAACCAGAACAUUACAAAUAAUACUGGAAGUUGUACCAGAAGAAGAUAAGUUAUGAACUAAUGGACUUGAGAUCUUGGCAAUCUGCCCAAGGGGAGACACAAAAUAGGGAUUUUUACUUCAUUUUCUGAAAGUCUAGAGAAUUACAACUUUGGUGAUAAACAAAAGGAGUCAGUUAUUUUUAUUCAUAUAUUUUAGCAUAUUCAAACUAAUUUCUAAGAAAUUUAGUUAUAACUCUAUGUAGUUAUAGAAAGCGAAUAUGCAGUUAUUCUAUGAGUCGCACAAUUCUUGAGUCUCUGAUACCUACCUAUUGGGGUUAGGAGAAAAGACUAGACAAUUACUAUGUGGUCAUUCUCUACAACAUAUGUUAGCACGGCAAAGAACCUUCAAAUUGAAGACUGAGAUUUUUCUGUAUAUAUGGGUUUUGUAAAGAUGGUUUUACACACUAUAGAUGUCUAUACUGUGAAAAGUGUUUUCAAUUCUGAAAAAAAGCAUACAUCAUGAUUAUGGCAAAGAGGAGAGAAAGAAAUUUAUUUUACAUUGACAUUGCAUUGCUUCCCCUUAGAUACCAAUUUAGAUAACAAACAAACACUCAUGCUUUAAUGGAUUAUACCCAGAGCACUUUGAACAAAGGUCAGUGGGGAUUGUUGAAUACAUUAAAGAAGAGUUUCUAGGGGCUACUGUUUAUGAGACACAUCCAGGAGUUAUGUUUGAGUAAAAAUCCUUGAGAAUUUAUUAUGUCAGAUGUUUUUUCAUUCAUUAUCAGGAAGUUUUAGUUAUCUGUCAUUUUUUUUUUCACAUCAGUUUGAUCAGGAAAGUGUAUAACACGUCUUAGAGCAAGAGUUAGUUUGGUAUUAAAUCCUCAUUAGAACAACCACCUGUUUCACUAAUAACUUACCCCUGAUGAGUCUAUCUAAACCUAUGCAUUUUAAGCCUUCAAAUUACAUUAUCAACAUGAGAGAAAUCACCAACAAAGAUGUUCAAAAUAAUAGUCCCAUAUCUGUAAUCAUAUCUACAUGCAAUGUUAGUAAUUCUGAAGUUUUUUAAAUUUAUGGCUAUUUUUACACGAUGAUGAAUUUUGACAGUUUGUGCAUUUUCUUUAUACAUUUUAUAUUCUUCUGUUAAAAUAUCUCUUCAGAUGAAACUGUCCAGAUUAAUUAGGAAAAGGCAUAUAUUAACAUAAAAAUUGCAAAAGAAAUGUCGCUGUAAAUAAGAUUUACAACUGAUGUUUCUAGAAAAUUUCCACUUCUAUAUCUAGGCUUUGUCAGUAAUUUCCACACCUUAAUUAUCAUUCAACUUGCAAAAGAGACAACUGAUAAGAAGAAAAUUGAAAGAAUGAGAAUCUGUGGAUAAGUAAGUGUUUGUGUUCAGAAGAUGUUGUUUUGCCAGUAUUAGAAAAUACUGUGAGCCGGGCAUGGUGGCUUACAUCUGUAAUCCCAGCACUUUGGGAGGCUGAGGGGGUGGAUCACCUGAGGUCGGGAGUUCUAGACCAGCCUGACCAACAUGGAGAAACCCCAUCUCUACUAAAAAUACAAAAUUAGCUGGGCAUGGUGGCACAUGCUGGUAAUCUCAGCUAUUGAGGAGGCUGAGGCAGGAGAAUUGCUUGAACCCGGGAGGCGGAGGUUGCAGUGAGCCAAGAUUGCACCACUGCACUCCAGCCUGGGUGACAAAGUCAGACUCCAUCUCCAAAAAAAAAAAAAGAUAUAUAUAUAUAUAUGUGUGUGUGUGUGUGUGUGUGUGUGUAUAUAUACACACACACUUUUUUUUAUAUAUAUAUAUAGUGGAACUUACAAAUGAGAGUAAUAUAAUGAUGAAAUUUUGAACUGUUAUUUAUAAACAUCUAAGGUAAAAUGGUUAGUCAUGGCCAGAGUAUGUUUCAUCCUUUAAUUUUUGUCCAUUUGAAAAUAAGGAUUUUUGAAAGAAUUAUACCAAUUAAAAUUAUUAAAGGCAAACAUAGAAUUCAUAAAAAAUUGUCCAAAGUAGAAAUGAUGACCUAUAAUUUGGAGCAUUUCCAAUUCAGUAAUUUCAAUUUUGCUCUUGAAAACAUUUAAUAUAUAUCCAAGACUGACAUUUCUUUAGCUGAACCUAACGUUUGGGUCUCUGAGUGAAUUUAUAAUAACUCCUUCCUUCCUUAGCAUAGGGUUUUCAAAAUUUGAUUUAUAAUUCCUAUUUCCAGUAAAUAUUGUUCAUUUGUCCACAUCUCUCCCUAUGAUAUGUUGCUGGAGGUAAGAAUUUCUUUUAUAUUCCUAUUAUUUUUUUUUCCCCAUAGACUAGGCUCAUAGAAUUUAAACAAGCAAAUUUUCCUGAGCUUUUUCUUGCCAAAUGAAAGAAGACUGGUAAAUUCUCAUAGAGAGGUUUGUGUAGUUCUUGGCUCUUCCUGGGGUUAAUGUGCUUAUAUUCACAGUGGCAAAUUGGUCUCAGACUUUAUUUAUUUUUGAUUUGAAUUUCUCUUUAAAAGUAUCAAUUUAAAAGGUAACUAGAAUUAUUCUUUCUCAUUUUCAAAAGUGAUUUUUGCAUUAUUAAAUUUCCCUGCCAUUGUAAUGCCAUUUCAAGCAGAAAAAAAGUCAGCCAGUAAUUAAGAAAAAAAGUGAUGGAGAUUAAGUAGUAUUUUGGCUUAUUUUUAGGACUCAUCAUGAGAAGACACAGAGUUCCUUUAAUCAGGAAAUUAAUAUCCAUAAUUUUCAUUCAAAAUUGCAGUAUGUAAAGCAGAUUCUCAAAAACUCUCCUGAACACUUAUUUAUAUAUAUGUUUUUAUAUAAGUAAAAUUUUUCUCAUAUUUUUAUACGAUAUGCACACACACACACACACACACAUGCACAUACUACUUACUACAUGUUCUGUACUUGUACUUUGUACCAUGCAUAUUCAAAUGUUUAUAUACAUAAGUUUAUUAUAACAUAAACAGUAAAAGUAAUGAAUACUGUUUAAAAUAACUAAUAUAGUAUUUUUUAAUUUUUGUGGGGAUGGAUUCUCAAAUACUUGUGAUUUUAAAAGAUCCAGUAAAGACUUCUAAAGCUAAAACACAACUUGAUUUUAAAAAGAAUGAUUCUCCUUACACAAUUAUAAAUAUUUGCAGUAAAUAGUUUCCUUAUAAUACUGUUUUGACCCCAUUUAAAAAGUAUUAGAUUAUAUUCCUUUGAUCCAAUGAAAACUGAACCUUAUAAAUGGUUAGCUGAAAGUAGACCUUAUUCUUGUCCUUCUUUAGAAGAGUAAAGAUUUGUCCUAGGGAAGAUGGCUGACUUCGGUUCCAAACAUGCAUAUGCAUUUAGACUGUAGCUCCUCAGCCCUGUGGACACAAAAUUUGGACAGCUUAUUAGGUUACGUUAGCAAUGCAUGACGGUUUCUCCAACACUAAGAUAUUCACGUUGAAACAGAUUUCCUGUUCGUCUUACGUGUCUGGUAAAAUUGUUUCCCCAAUUACAAUUUGACAUAUCAAUAGAGGGUUAACAAGAGUAUAAUUACAUAACAAUUCCUCAUGAACUGUAAUCAGUCUACAGGAAAAUCAUUAUUUUAUCUUGAUUUGCAGAUGAAUAUACUGCUAAGAAAGGGAGCAACUCUGACCUUUGUUUAAGUUGAUCUUUUGUAAUUGAGGUAUAAGGUAUGAAAAGAUAAAAAACCGAAGGCCAGAGAAUCAGGAAAUGAAAGAUAGUAUGGACUGAAGGUAACAAUAUUUUAAUGUUAUGCAAUAUAGUCAGAGAAAUAUUAAAAAUUAGUUGUUUGCUGUGCAUAGGUGGAUCUCGCAGGAAGCUAAUGAAACCUAAGCUUCAGUGCCUCUCACUUAGACAUGUUCCAUUCGAGGUCCUGAACCUAACUUUGUAUUAGGAAUUCUGUACUAAUUUUGUUGAAGAAGACCAGCAAAGUUGUGUAUACUUCUACCCCCACAAAAUCUGCAUUGUCCAUGUGAGUAAAGUAAAAUAAUUCCUGUUAUUUUUUUCUGUUAGAAAUAAGUAUGGAGGAUAUGUUUUUAAAAAUUUAUGAGUUAAUUGAAAUAUCCAUAUAUAACAAGUGGCUUUCUCACAAUAUAUAUGAUGUGAUAUAUAGGGAGAUAGUUUCACUUUCAUCAUAUUUUAUACGUUGAUUCUGAACUAUAGAAAAAUAAUAAAUGGGAUUUUAAUUAUAGCUCUUUUUCUUAGUUGGGAAAGAAAUAUAGAGAGAUGUGGGAUUUGAAUGCCCAUGAAAGACAUUUUAUUUUACUUGAAUAUAUUCUUGCUUCACUUUACCCUCCAUAAUAUGUUGUACAUUAGUGCUGAUCAAGUUUACAGAGUUACAUUUUGCUUUCCUAACCAUUCAGUCAGGAAUUAAAAUAUGGCAUUGUAUAACUGGGAAGAAGCUCAUAGUGGAUAUAAAUUAGAGUAGAUAAUGGGUCACCUUGAUAGCCUCUGUUUACAUUACUUGUAUAUGGGCAAAAUAAUUAUUACCUAUACGUGUAUUUAAGCUUAAUUUUCAUAUAAACAGUAUUUUUAAUCUAUGUUAAAAUAGAUAAUAUCUAAAAGUGUGAUCUCUAGGUAGUCCUUAGUUUAUUAGUACUGUACUUCAAAAAGAUUUUUAAAUAGGUCCGGCACGGUGGCUCAUGCCUGUAAUCCCAGCACUUUGGGAGGCUGAGGCGGGCGAAUCACCUGAGGUCAGGAGUUCGAGAUCAGCCUGGCCAACAUGGUGAAACCCUGUCUCAACUAAAAAUACAAAAAUUAGCCGGGCGUGGUGGCAGGCGCCUGUAAUCCCAGCUACUCGGGAGGCUGAGGCAGGAGAAUCACUUGAACCCAAGGGGCAGAAGCUGCAGUGAGCCAAGAUCGCAUCAUUGCACUCCAGCCUAGGGGACAAGAGCGAGACUUCGUCUCAAAAAAAAAAAAAAAAAAGAUUUUUAAAUAA